AUGGCGGGACUUUUACAAGAAGAUCGCAACAUUGUCAAGAACCAUCCUCUAACCAACUUAGUCGAUCGUUUACGAGGCGCGCUUCAGGAAGCCGAAAGAAUAUAUGAGUCGCGUCUAAUUUAUGAUGGCGCUGAUGAGAGCCUGGACCAACUCUAUCGAAAUACGAUUUCAAAACUCCUCUCUGCUCUACAGGGAGAGGAUGCAGCUUACAGCCUUCGCUCACGGAUGAGUGAUGGAAAUAUGACAUCUGAUCUAGCACACUUAGUCGAGCGCCUCCAAAAGGCACAAGGAAACUCCAAGUACGACGACUACCGGCCGCUGGUCCGACUGAAUCCCAGCACGCCGAAACCUGGAACUUCGAUGUCUGGAAAGCUCGUCCCCCCCUCCUUUGACGGCACCCCAGUCAAAUCCACCUCGUCAUCGCAGAAAGGUUCCGAGCAGACGCGUGAAUUGGUGAAUCCGAGAAUCUUCGAGGAGAUACGUGGCUGCACCUUUCGAGACGUCGAGGGCUUCUUCGACAAGUACUUUGAGGGAAAAGACUGGAGCGGCAAAGCAGAUGCCAUCUGUCGACGCGUGCUGGCCCCCGACAGCGAUGGGAAUUGGGCCCAGUUUCCUGAUCCUCCUAUGCAGGACGAUGUCCUUGCCUGGUGGUUUUGUCUUCAAGAAGACCUUCUCUCGGAAUCACGCGGCACCUACUACACCACGGCAAGCAAAGCGGAUCUUACCGGUUCGAAUGCGGAACGGCAAGUCGACCUCCUUCUGAGAGCUAGCGGCGCGAGCCCCUCGCGCAACAAACACGACUGGAGAGACAUCCUGGUUGUCGGCGAGCUCAAAAAACCAAAGGAGAAGAUUGGGACCAAAACCACACUGCUGCAGAUGAGCCGCUGCGUGCGCGAGGUCUUCGCUGCGCAGCCCACCCGGCGGUUCGUCCACGCAUUCGCCGUCUGCGGGACCAAGAUGGAGGCGUGGGUGUUCGACCGUUCGGGGCCCUACAGCUCGGGCAUCAUCGACGUCUACGCAGACUCGAGACGGUUCUUUCAGGUGCUUGUGGGCUACACCAUGAUGAGCGACGAGGAGCUGGGACUGGACACCUUUAUUACUAGGGAUGAAGGCGGCAACAAAUCAAUAACCGUCAAAGGGCCUGGGAUCUCGGAGGAAAAGGUGCUGCGGCUGGGUGAAAUGCUUUCCUUUCAGCGUGCCAUCGUGUGUCGCGGGACAACAUGUUUUCUCGCAAACGAUGGACAAGUGGAGGGCGUAGCCAAAUUCUCGUGGGUGUCGGACAAGCGGCGGCCGGAGGCGGAACUCUUCGAGCUAGCGGGUCAAAAAAAUGUCCAAGGGGUCGCCAGGAUCAUUGGCCAUAGUAUCAUCACUAGUAUCGCCGACGUACGCUGCGGCCUGACCUUCGACGACAAGCGACACGACUUCAAAAGCGCACCCCCCAGUGCUGCCUCCUCAUUUCAUCAAUCUCAACCGCUCACCGAGCUCCGUAGCUUAGGUCGAAAGUCGUCUUCCAGGAAACGCAGAUCUCCGGAUAAAGGGAUGCAGGCAUCCAAAGGAUCGCGCUCCAUCAAUCAACCGUCGAGGGACACCCAGCAGGAGAAUGAACUAGCUUUCUCCGUUCAGUCGGCGCACAAGCCAAGCCUCUUCGACAGGAAUGGCGAGGAACCCUACGACAACCGCGUCCUCCGCUGUCUGGUGAUCUCGCCCGCUGGGCGGCCGAUCUACAAGUACGAGUCACCCUUAGAACUGCUCACGGCGCUUCGCGAUGCAAUAAAGGCGCAUCGGUCUCUUUACCUGGAUGGGAGCAUCCUACAUCGGGAUAUUUCGGAGAACAACAUAAUAAUAACCGAUCCGGAAAAGGCGGAUGGUCACUCCGGCAUGCUAAUCGAUCUGGAUCUUGCCAAAGAAGUCGGUAGCGGGCGAAGCGGCGCACGGCACCAGACCGGCACGAUGGAGUUCAUGGCGAUCGAGGUGCUACUUAAUAUCGACCAUACCUAUCGGCAUGAUCUCGAGUCGUUCUUCUACGUGCUUAUCUGGCAAUGUGCCCAUCACGGUUGGGAGUUUAAACCGCCACAAUCAUCUCAUCAACUACAAGAAAGGCCCGAAUCUAGUAUGCUCAAGAAUUGGUACACCGGCACCUACGAGGAAAUUGCAACUUAUAAACGAGGCAACAUGGAAGCUGGCGGCUUUGAGCGAAUCCUGAUGAAAGAAUUUCCUCCAUGGUUUGACUGGGUCAAACCACUCUGCAGAACCAUACGGCGCAUACUAUUUCCUCAUGGGGAGGAAGGACUUAUCGUUGGAACACCGCAAGACCCAAAAAGGCUAUAUAAUCCUAUUAUUAAGGCGUAUUCUGAUGCGAUAGCUCUGAUUGAAACUGAAUAG